AUGUCCAUUCAAUGCUUCUCAACCAAGCCCUCUGUCGAGCCAGGCCGCCCGCUGUCCAAGAUGCCACAAGCGCGACGCGCUGUCGUGGCCCUUCCUCGCCGACGGGCCCUCGUGUACAAGGCUACAGACGCCAUCGUAGUCGGUCCCCGUUCCCGCGCGGUAUCCCUUCCUCCCUCAUCUCCGCCAGCCGUGCUAGUCCCUGUUUCGCGACCCUCCCCAGUGCUGCACGAGAACUGUGACGUCGACCUUGGUGACCGUAUUACGCUAUCGCUGCCCACAUCGUUCGGUGGCGUGCCCGUCAUCGACCAUGUCGAUUUCUACAAAGCCGACACCUAUACGUUUCGUCACAAUUACGAGCAGCUGUGGCAUGUGUUAUGCUCGAGUGGUCCCACCGAUUGCGAGUACUUGGAUGCUGAUGAUGAUCUCGAUGGCGAGGCCGUUGAGGACGUUGAGGACGAGCUCUAUGAGUUGGACGACGAGCAGGACCCCGAAGAUAUCCUCGAAGUGCUUCUUCCCACCAGGCACAAUGUCAGUGUCCGCAACGCGACCCUCUCGCUGCACACUUACCUCCUCUCCGGUCGCAUCUUCGCGGCGUUCGCCGGCACCGUGUCCUACACCACUCAAUGUGGCGUCCAUAGUACGACUCUCGUUGCGAAGAUUCAUCGACCAACGACCCACACCGUGUCGCAGCUGUACGAGACUGCAGCUGAGGCUACCAUCUACGCUCGCAUGCCUGACGGCAUCGCGCCGCGCUUCCACGGCCUCUUCGUCAAAAUGGCUGGGGAGCGAAUGGUGACCAGUAUUCUCGAGUACGCUGGAACUCCGAUCGCGACGACCAGAGCUGCGCGUGCCCUUAGAUGCGACUACAAGGAAGCUAUCGUCCGCCUGUACAACAGCCUCCAUGAGGCGGGCAUCAUUCACGUCUCGUGCACUCCCAAGCAUUGGCUGUGCGCUGACGGAUGUUUCCGCCUGAUCGACUUUGGGUGCAGAUGGGUGCGCGACGGGGCUCCUGUCGGUCGUGUUAUAGAGCCCAGUGCUUUCACCUUCCAGGCGGCAGAGGAGAUGGCCAAGGUGCGCCGCACACUUGGGUUGCCAGUGUGGGCGAAAAGCUAG